UGAUGAAACGACCCCCGGGGGAGCAGCUACGGUGUCCGGAAGAAGUACAGUCAGCAUGUAGGAUACAUUUUUUUUUCAUGCAAUGAUUUGUUUUUAUAACGUAGCAUUUAUUUAUAAUAUCUCGGCAUUAGUAGUGAGUGAUUAAAACCCUGCAGAGCACGAUUCAGGCGCACUGCAGCGGCUCGGAUCUGAAGCUGCUCGUCCUUGUGAGGCUCGUCGUGACUUGUGACCCCCCCCUCCUGUUUUUCUAAAGAUUGUCCUGAGUGUCGUGAAAACAUCUGGCGUUUGAAGACGUACCAAAAAUGGUGGCUUCCUAACUCAACUAUUCAAAAACAAAGGAAAAUAAUUAACCUCCUGUGGCCAGAAGACACAAAGCAACCAUGUGUGAAGUUCCUGGUGAGAUGGAUCUGGAGGAGACAAAGGAGAACAUCACUUUAUUGCCCCUUCCAGAACCGCUGCUUAUAAUCCUGUCUCCACCCCCACCUUUCCUGCCGUACCCAGGCGAGCCGACCAUGCUGUGGCUGAAAUGGCUCAAAGCUUUUGAACACUACAUUCAAGCUCUUGGUGAAAAAGAGCUGGCUGACUCCACUAAGCUCAUGCUCUUACAGAACUCCCUCGGCUCGGAGGGAGAGCAUGUCUUCUCGACUCUGAUCAAGAGUGAAACUACGUACGCAGCUGCCAUUUCGGCACUGACCGAUCACUUCGGACUGGAUCACCCCUCCCAAGUGCACCGCCUCAAGUUCCACCAGAGGGUUCAGAUGCCUGGGGAGAGCGUAGAUGAGUUUGUUUCAGCACUGGAAGAUCUGCUGAGACCUUGUAACUGUGGAAGCAUAAAGGAAAAACUUCUACUGGGUCAGCUGAUUGAGAAAACAAACAAUCUGCAACUCAGAGAGACGCUGCUGAUGAGAAAAGAAACCCUGACUCUGUCCUCAGCACUGGCUAUUGCUAAAGAGCUGGAAUCUGUUACAAAUGACUCUCAUUUGGGUUUUCAUGAAGUCAAUGUGGAAAUUGGAGAAUAUUUAGAUCCCCCUGUUCCRAUAAAACGCAAAAGAGGUAGGCCUCGUCGUGGGGAGGAAAGGACUAAAACAAAGCCACAAGUGACUAAAACGCGAAAAAAWUCAUCUAGACUCAAAGAUGAAUACUACUACGGUAACGAUAAGCUUUAUUACAGUGAGGGCGAGGACAAAUCUCAAGCUGUGGAUGAGAAUAAUUUGAAUGACACUAAAGUAGUCGAUGAUAAUUACAGCACCCCGACAACAUUACUUAUGAAAGAGGACGAUGACAACUGUGAAGAAUCAGUUCGUUCAACAAAACGAAAAGUCCAUUAUUGUCCCUUAUGCCCCAACAGACGCUUCAACAAUAAAAACAAGCUCACCAGGCACAUGAGGGCUCACACGCAAGAAAAACCAUUCAGCUGCCCAACCUGCAACAUGAAGUUCAGCCAGUCCUACCACAUGACCCGACACAUGAGGAACCAGCACAACGCGGGCCAGUACGUCUGCUCUACCUGCGGGGAGACCCUCGGAAGCUUCGCCGAGUUACAAGAACACAACAAGACGCACAAGUCCAAAGCUCUCUCCUGUCCAGAAUGUAAUGAAAAAUUCACCUACAAGAACGAGUUUUGUGAUCACGUCAAGUCGCACAAAAACGACUCGUCUUCUCAGACGCAAGGUCWGAGUUCUCAGCCGUCUGUUCCAGUGAAGCGCAAAAGGGGGAGGCCUCGUCKUGGGGAGGAAAGGGUUAAAACACAGCCAUGUGUGACUAAAACUCCAAUAGGUUCAACUAGACAAUAUGAAAAUGACAGUAAUGAUAAGCUUAAUAACAGUGAUUGUCAAUGCAGAUCUACGUCUGUGUGUGWGAAUAAUCUGGAUUGUAAUAAAGCAGGCGAUGCUGAUGAUAACGGUACCUCAUCAACAUCGCAAGUGACGGAAGAGAGCGACAGCAUCAAUACUGAAAACUUAGCCCCUUCUCUGAAAAAACAGAAAUGCUUCUACUGUCCCUUUUGUAUCAAGCACUUCAGCAAAGCAGACAAGCUCAGCAGACACGUAAGGAUUCACACGCAGGAGAAACCGUUCACCUGCCCAGUCUGCAGUAAGACCUUCAGCCAGCCCGACCACAUGACCCGACACAUGCGAAACCAGCAUGCUGCAGGCCAGUACGUCUGCUCUACCUGCGGAGAAAGCCUGGAAAGCUUCGCGGAGUUACUAAAACACAACAAGACGCAUAAGUCCCAAGUUCUCUUCUGUCCAGACUGCAAUGAAAAAUUCACCAACCACGACAAUCUUUGUAGUCACAUCAAGUCGCAUGCAAAGGACUCGCCUCCUCAAACUGAAAGCAUUCAGCAGGCUGAGAUAGCCGAAAUGAAAACUAAAGAAACGCUUGACCCCUUUGCGCACUCAUGUGACACUAAUUUGAGCUCUGAAGAGUCUGGUUUUGAGCCUGUGACAGAAGAUGAGGACUCUGAUGAAGAAAGCAACUCUGAUGAAGAAAGCGACUUUAAUGAAGAAGACUCUGAUGAAGAAAGCGACUCUGAUGAAGAAUGGACAGAAAACACUAAAAACACUUCCUCAAAGGCUAACAAACAAAAAGGAGGAGCAACAAAAGGACACUUUUGUCCUCUCUGUGCCAACAGGCGCUUCACAGGCCCGGAAAAACUGUCUCGACACAUGAGGACUCACACACAGGAGAAACCGUUCGUCUGUCCAGUCUGCAGCAUGAAGUUCAGCCAGUCCUACCACAUGACCCGRCACAUGAGGAACCAGCACAAUGCGGGCCAGUACGUCUGCCCUGCCUGCGGGGGAGAGUUUGGAAGCUUUGUUGAGCUGCAAAGCCACAAAAAGACGCACACGGACCAAGUUCUGUUCUGCCCGAAUUGUAACRAAAAAUUCACCAACAGCGAGGAGCUUUGCAGUCACAUCGAGUCGCACCAAGGCGACUCAUCUUGUCAAACAGGAGGUCCRAGUAAAGUGGAGACCGAAGGAACACCUGACGCUGGCGCAGCAUCUCGUGAUGCUGAUUCUAGCAGUAAAGAAUCUACAGUUCAGGAUUCGCCUGAAGAUGACGCCAACGAAGCUACAUCUGAGAAAGACGGAAGCAAAAAACAGAAAAAAGCCUCCUCAAAAACUAAAUCCGAAGGCCACUUUUGUCCUCUCUGUGUCGGCAGGUAUUUCAAAGGUCCAACCAAACUGGCUCGACACAUGAGGACUCACACCAAGGAGAARCCGUUCACCUGCCCAGUCUGCACUAAGGUUUUCAGCCAGUCCUACCACAUGACCCGGCAYGUGAGGAACCAGCACAACCUCGGAGAGCACGUCUGCGCCAAGUGUGGGAAAAGUUUUACCACCUGGCUGGACUUGAAAAUACACAGAAAAAGCCACGCCGUGGAAGGCUUGACGUGUCUGGCGUGUGACAAACACUUCAAAGGGCGGGCUGCACUCGCCAGCCACCUGAAGCUGCACGGGAAGGUCAAGUCCAAUCCCCGGAGCCUCAAGUGCAGCGACUGCGACAAAGUGUUCCGUCGCUCGUACCAUUUAAAAAGGCACAUAAUGAGCCACCGCAGAGCUUCAAACGCUGAUUGUUACACCUGCCCCGACUGCCACAAGAACUUCUUCUUCCCGGAAGACCUCAACAAACACCUGGAGAUUCACGUGAAAGAAAGUAGCGGGACUUGUCCGAAAUGCAACGAAACCUUCGGCAGCGCAGAAGAGCUCGAGGCUCACAUGGUGGUUCAUAACAAAACGUACCCCUGCAGCAUCUGUGGGAAGAAGUUCAAGGUUGAGUAUGCACUAAAGAAACAUGAACARAACCAUCAACAUGAGCAGUAUUACUGCUCCAUGUGUUGCAAACACUUCCCCAAGGUUUCGCACUAUAAGAGACACUUAAUAGUCCACGAAAGACGAGAAAAUAAAUGUCCACACUGUGACGGUGUGUUUUUGAAGUUGACAGCCUUUAAGUAUCACCUGCGGACUCAUACUGAAGAGAGGCCUUACCAGUGCAGCUGCUGCAUCGAAACAUUCGAGGAGAAGGAGGAGCUGGAGAAACACUGCCUCAAACACAGAAAACUUAAAAAGGAGAGGCCGUACUCGUGCACUCGCUGCGACUACGCUUUCUCCACGCUAAUCGAGCUGACCGAGCACAUGGGUUCGCACGAGGGCGAGCUGCCAGACACCUGUCCCGUUUGYGGCAAAACCUUCCUAAACAAGAGCAAGCUGGAGAGACACCUGAACGUCCACAAUGGCGAGAGGCCUCACCUCUGCUCCAUCUGCGGCAACGGYUUCACCUCGGCCGCCAGCCUCAAGCUGCACAGCAUCAUUCACACCGGAGAGAAACCCUUCCAGUGUCUGGAGUGCAGCAAAAGCUUCCGAUCGUCCAGCGGGCUGCGGCUGCACAGCCGGCAGCACAUGGACGAGCCGCCCAGCUACGAUUGUCCCGAGUGUGGAAGGACUUACGGACGCAUGACGGAGCUGAAGAUGCACCAGCGCUACCACACGGGAGAUAAGCCGCAUGCCUGCACCUGCUGCAACAAACGCUUUAUAAGCAAAGACAAGCUGAAUGUUCACAUGAGGACACACACCGGGGAGAGACCGUUUUCCUGUCCCCACUGUGGACAGACAUUUACACAGACUGGGGACAGAAACAGACACAUCAGUAAAUUCCACCCAUUAUUGGAAAACACCUUUAGUGAUUUACCUGAUGUAAAGUUUUAAGGGUUUAUUUUUUUAAAUAUCACGUUAGGGUUUUUGCGUGUUUGCAGACAUUGUAAGCACAACAAAUAUAUUUAGAUUAAUUAUUGUGUUACUUGAGGAAAUAAAAAGGUUAAACAAAAAUACAUUGAAAGCAUGACCCCAUCAAACUUGCUGUAUGCAAUSUCCAGGUGUUUUUGAGGGUUGAUGAGUGUCCAGCAGUGAACAGAUUAAUGAGAGGUGCACCACUUUCCUCAUACAGAUUAAGGGGGUUGUAUCCAAAAGUGUCCAUGUUCAGUUUCUGGGUUGUCCAACAUGACAACUCAUUUGAAAACUUUGUCAUAUUAACAUUAUUUUUCCCAAAGUGUGAUUUAGAAACAUGUUAGCUGUUAUCCUUGUUAAGUCAUGAUGUCCUUAUAUUGGUUUUCAGUUUAGAUUGAGAAAAAAAUGAGUAUAAGCAUUUUUCUGUGGCUGUUCAGCUCUGGAUUAUCACAAAGUACUUCAUGCUGAUGAAAAACUGCUAACAUCAAGCUUUUUUAUGAAAUCUGGCAUUCCCCUAUUUUGUUCUUUAAUCUGUCCUGUUAMGUUUUAAGAUGUUUUUUUGCUCUAACACACUUUUAAAUUAUUGAAUUAGCUUUGCAGGAUGCCAUAAAAUACUGCAGAAGGCUGUUAAUGACCCAUUUAUUUAAAUCAGGCRCGCGGAAGCUCGGAAACAUACAAAAUGUGCAGAAUAGCAGGCCCAGAGUACCAGGGUUGGUGACCACUGAAUAGGAGUCMCGGAAAGUGCAAAUCCUGCACGAGUAAGACUUAUAAGAAAAAUGUCAUCACACAGUGGAUAAACAUUCUGGUUUUUAGUUCUUAAGAUGUUUUGUGAUUUUAAAAAAUAUAUAGUUUAGUGGCUGCUUGUAUCCAAACACAUGAGCUUAGACCUAAGACCUGUGUGAACAAAGAGUAACAAAAAAGGGAAUACAAAUCUCAGAACAUCACUUUUAUGUACUUCAUUCUGCAGACUCAUUUCAUAGWGUUCUGAUUUUAGACGGUUUGAACAAUAUGUUGUGUAUCGCUAAGUUUAUCGGCUGAGAAAAAUCACACAGCUAAAUAUUUGUUUAUACAUGUGAAUAUAUGUAAAAUCUGAUGUUUACAAUCUAUUAGCAGCAACACUAUUGAAGUAUUUACACUCAGCUUUUUAGUGCAGCAAAAAUUUAUGUCAGCCUUUAUUCUUUGAUUUUUAUUUUUUUAAAGCUUAUUGAUUAUUGUCUGUCACAGUACUUGGCAUUAAAUUGUGUGGGAUGACUUGUUCCCAUAAUAUCCAUGUGCAGAAUAAGCAUUUGGGAUAGCGGGAUGGUUUAAUGCUUUUGCACUGUUCUCUAAUCAUUUUACUGCCUACUUUGAAGAAGUCUAUGAAAAAAAAACAAAUAAAUAAGAUGUGCAUGCUGGUUUAUUCUGUGCAGCUAAUCUUUCUCAAUCCUGUGCCUAUUUCCUUUUCACUCAGCUUCAUGUURGUUUGCAUUGUUUUAUAAACUGGGUGCAAAUUACUCUCAAAGAACCCAAAUUAAGAUUGUGUAUAUAACUUUUUUAUGUUAUAUCAGCAUGUAUAAUCACACUAGUUUUAAUCACUUUGAUAUUUUUGUUGGACCUUUUUCUUUUUGUAAGUGAUUUGUAAUUGUGUUUAGAAAAGUGCUAUGAAAAUAAAACUAAUAUUUACUCUGCCA